AUGGACAACGCCAUAGCGCAACAGCUGCCGGAGAGGCUGAAGGCCUGCGAUGGACAACAAGCUGUACCUGAUUGCAGAACAGAAAGCACUGCAGGAAAGUGCUGCUGCCCAACAGGUCAACAAGUGGGAGAGGACGGUUGUAAGGGCUGCGGGGCUCUCAAAGAGAGGCUGUCCGCCUUGCUCGAGCUACACCUUCUCCACUCGAUAGAUCCAGGCGCGGGAGAGUACAGUUUCUACAUCAUGUUAUUUGGUUCCCUUGUGUUGCUACCGUUCCCCUGGGCUCUCUUAGCGCAAGUGCUUUGGCAAUUUGCCAAGCCCAAUGAGAGCUUUUUGCAGCAUGAAGCUUGGGAGCAGCGGAAACACUUCGCAGAGACCUGGAUUGGCAACCUGCAUGGCCCUUCAACUAUCAAUGUGGCGAACCUUGCUGGAGAAUGCCGACCUAUCCCAGGAUUCAGGGAGACAUCACUGCUGCUCCACUUGCGCAGGUCUGUUGCAGAAGUGUUCAGCGUGAAUUUCCUGGAGGUCGGGCUGGUCUUUGGUGGAGAGCUCCUUUUACCAGACUUGGAUUUUAAGACCCUGGGCGAUUUGGAUAUCUACGAUGGGUGCACAGUGUCAUUCAUCCAUCAGAUGUGUGCAGACAGGCAGAGGUGCCUCCAAGAAAUGAAAGACUGGCGGGCUGCUCUGAAAGGAGUGUUUUCACCUAUUUUGGCCGCAACAGUAACGUGUACAAGGCGCUUGAGUGCCCUCACCUUGGGCAGCUGCGUCUUGCAGAAGCUACCCCAGACAACUUCGGGUUAA